GAAUUGUUGUAGGCCUACUUGAUGUUUAUGCCUAGUUGCUCAGAGGAUUGAUUACAGAACUGAGAAGUCCUCCAUCUGCAGAAACGAUUUCGACAUUAUUCUAGGUAAUGGUUGACCAGCACUGACCAGCCAUCAUCAUGCCACCGUCAAGAGGGGUUAAAAAGCCGAAGGAGGAUAAGAGUGACCAUCGAGUCCUUGCCAAUCGCUACCGCGUAGAGAAGAAACUCGGUAGUGGGAACUUUGGGACAGCAUUCCUGGUGUUUGACAUGAAGGCAAAUCCUGAUAAAGGCGAAGAACAGUGGAAAGUAUUAAAAGAGAUAUCCUGUGGAGACUUGGCCCCUGAUGAAACGGUAGAUGCCAUGCACGAAGCCAAACUCCUCUCGAAGCUUCAGCAUCCUAACAUUGUCAAAUUCUACGACAGCUUCCUCGACGGAGAGUUCUUCUGUAUCAUCACUGAAUACUGUGAGGGAGGCGACUUGGAUGAUAAGAUCACUGCAUGGAAGAAAGCUGGGAAGAAAUUUGAUCAGAAUGUGGUUAUGGACUGGUUUGUUCAGCUCUCUCUAGCAGUGCAGCACAUGCAUAAAAGGAGAGUGUUGCAUCGUGACCUGAAGACCAGGAACAUCUUUCUAAAGAAGAACAUGAUCAAGAUUGGUGACUUUGGUAUCUCCAGGGUGUUGAUGGGAACGACUGACAUGGCCAGCACGUUCACUGGGACACCGUAUUACAUGAGCCCAGAGGUUCUCAAACAUGAAGGAUACAACAGCAAAUCAGACGUCUGGUCAAUAGCAUGUAUUUUGUAUGAACUGUGUGCCUUACAACAUGCCUUUGAAGGACAAUCUUUGAUGGGUGUCAUGUACAAGAUUGUAGAAGGGAAAACCCCUGAAAUUCCUAACCAAUAUGAUAAGAACAUCCAAGAAAUACUCAAUGUAAUGCUUAAUAGAGAUCCUGCCAAAAGACCAUCAGCAGCUGAAGUUACAAAAAUUGCAUUUGUUACACGACAUAUAGAGAAAAUGAAGAACAGAUUAGCAGAGUAUCGUGACCAACAGGAAGAGGACGCUAAGAAACUCAGCCAGGACACACAGGAGCUAGCCCAGAUGUACCGGGAGAAAACCCACUAUGAGGAUCUCCAGAAUGAAUCCAUGAGGCAACGCCAACAAGAGGAGGAGGUAGCAGAGUAUGGAGGGGAGACGACAUACCCCAAUCCGCAGCAAGGUCAGAAAGAUCCUCUCCAGGGGCUGACCCCAAAGGAGAAGAUGCUCCUGAGGAAACAACAGAAAGCUGAUCAGGAAGCGAGAAAACUGAGCAUGCAUGCAAGAAAUAAUUUACAGGAGAACCUGAUAAGAAAGGACAUACUAAGAGAAACAAUGGGUACGCAAAAAAGACCAGCAUGGCAAGGAGGGAGAGGAGAGCCUAUGCCUCCAUGGGUGCGUGAUAACCCUCAGGUUUACAUGGAUCCAGCCUUCAGAGGUUCAAUGCUUCCUCAGGCUCCCAACAUCAGUGUAUACUACGAGGAUGGUACCCCGGCCUACACAGGGGAAGAUGGUUACUGGGAAAGAGAAGACAUUGGCACAGUCAAGGAAGCUCCUGCAAGAACGCCAUCACCCAGAUAUUCAUCCAGCGAUGACAGGCCGAUCAAACCAGCAUCAUCACCAAAUCCAUAUGCAGGGGCUGGCAAUAGCACUUUAACACCAUCUUCAGACAACCGACCAAUCACCCCUAUGAAGAAAUCAAUCAACCUAGAUGACCCAGACAUUGCCAACGCAACCCCACCGGGUGUCCCGCAAACCUCAAACAAGAAAGCACCUGCCAAGAAACAACCGGUCAAGAAACAGCCAGUCAGCAAGCAGAACUCCAAUCCAAAGUCGUCCAAGGUCGAGACGACGCCCUCCUCAAAAGCAGCCACUAACGGAAAGCCAAAGAGUGCCAGCCCGAAGAAGGCAACCACACCCUCCUCGCCUCAGAAGAAGCCUGCUAUGACGCGGUCCCCACCUCCGGCCGAGGAGGAGCGGAGGACACCCACGAUUAAGAAGAUGGAGAGGAUGACAUCGAUGGAUGAGAUGAGGAAUCAGUUGCAAAUGAUAGCAGCUGAGAUACCUGAUGAUGCGGAUGCAGCGGAGACGUUCUAUUCUCAACACGAGGACUUUGAAUCAGAUUCAGGGUCAGAACCAGAGGACGGUCAAGAUGAUUACUCGGCACUGAUGGAUUGUAUGCAAGAUGCACUAGAUAAAACAACCUCAGAUCAAAAUGCAACCAUCACAGAUGAUACCGUGGGCUUCUUCUCACCUUCUGUCAGAGCUAAGAAGAUUCAGAACCUCAGAGCUGAAUGUGAGAAGAAGUUUGGGAAGGAGUCUUUCAAGACUGCCUAUGCCUUCUUGAAGGAUGCCAGGUUUGGUGAUAUGAAGGACACCAUGGAUGACACCAUGAUCAUGCGCAAGCUACGGGACUACGUCAAGAAUGUCAGUGAUUGUUUCCUCAUAGAUCAGCUACUGUUCUUAGAAGAGCAAGCCAAAGUUUCCUCUGCUUAUUAAAUAGUAGAAUGGUAGAUAAACCAAUGAACAUUUGAAUGUGAUCUUGCACAAGCUACGGGAUCUUGUAAAGAAUUCCAGUGACUGCUUCGUCAUGGACCAACUUCUGUUCUUAGAGGAACAAGCCAAAGUCUUCUGUGCUUACUAACUUUUUAGACCUGAUCAUGCAGAAAUCAGUCAAUGACGUCAAGAAUAUCGGUGAUUGUUUCCUGAUAGACAACCUCUGUUCUUGGAGGGGUGUGCUAAUGUUAUUUUUCUGUUUUUUGUUGUGAGAGAUGAGCUAGUCACUAUUUUGCAUGACACAAUGAUCAUGCACAAACUAUGCGGCUGUGCCCAGAAAGCUUUGGUUAAUGACAAAUUUCAUAAAAUGGUCCCAGGAUAAUACAAGAUCAAUAUGUGAAGAACUUGUUGCACAUCUUUAAGCUUCUUUAGUGCCAUACCAUUGAGCAUUCGAAGUGUCUGUUCCUUUUCCUUCAUAACUUUCAUUCUUCUUUCAUGUUAAUUGGAAUUUUUAGGGGGGGGUAUUACUGAUGUAUAACUAAGAAGGAGCAAAUAAUCACUUGCCAGGCUUUCAUUCAUUAGCAUUCCAUAUCUUUCUGCUCCAAUAAUAACUCAAAUUAUUAUUUUUUAUUGUUGUUUAUCAUAUUAUUUUUCCAGUGUUAUAUGAUUUCUGAUAACUACUGUAUAGUGAUUAAUGUUGGCGCAUUCCACUGUAUUUCAUUCCAUGAUCCCCCCGAUCAAUGCAAACCUCUUCUCUGAAAUAUAGCAUCAUAGAAUAGUCCUAUUGAGUGAAUGAUGAUCUAAGAGUUGUUUAUCCAAAUUUUAGACAUGUACAUGUAGAUGAAAAAGUUCAGUUUUCUGCCACCUCCUUUGAUUUUAAGCUCUUUCACCCAAUCCAAGAUCACAUAGCUUUUCAGAAAAUGAAUAAAGUGUGCUUCAUGUGCUUUAUCAUUCUUUCAAUUCAAUGUUAUGCCAAAGAUUUGUAAAUUGUCAGAGAAGAUGAUGUGAAUUGCAAGCAGCAUAUUCUUUCAUACAUGUGCACUGUCAUGUUUAAUUUUGUUUGGUACUACCACUUUUGUGUCUUGUAGACAUUCAUUUUUUGGGGGUGAAUUGGUCUCGUCCCACUCUCCUGCAGAGGAUAAACAUUAUUACGAUACCACAAAAGAAAUAAACAUGUAGUGCCUUUUCAUUUGUGGCUUCACAAUUAACAUACAUAUGUUGGUCCUGAAAAUCAAAACCAGAACUCAAUAUUUCCACGUGUUUUCUUGUCUUCAGGAGAAUGAGCAAAAGAUGUAGGCAGGCUAUAUAUAUACUGUGCCAAGGCACCACUUUAUUUACCAUGUCUUGCAGGAUACAUGUCUCUGAUUGGCUGAAGAAGUCACAUGAUAUCUACAUAUGCGGACAUGAGUGACAGAGUUGCAGACGUCAGUUACGACAAUACAGGGCUCGCAAUACAGCUGAAAACUCUAAUUACCGAAUGGUAAUUGGCAGCAAUUGCCAUUUUCAGCUGUAUUGCGAGCCCCUGAUGCAUGUUGUCACUGACGUCCACAACUCUGCAUGGAGGAACUUUGAUGACCUAUGUCCCAGUAGGAGCAAUAAGUGUAAUUCGUAACUAAGUAAGUGAGCACCACCACACUUUGUAUUUACCCCAGAUGAUAAGUAAAUCCAUCAGCAUUUUGUUGCUAGUUCACCUGUAGGGCCUUUAACAUUGAAAAGUCAUCCAGGUUCAUUGUGGUAUAUUCAUUCAGUGUAGAAAGGUUAUGAGCAGAUUUGUAAAGCUACGGUGUUUUUGAUGACAGGCUUUGGCACUUAGAUUUUGAGGUGAUUGUUUAAAAAUUAAUUUUUUUGUUGAGUGGAUGUGUCUUCUCCAUCAAAUAUUGGAUUGAAUAUAUAAGCAUCAUUAUUUUCAUGUGCAUUAAUCAUGCAUAACAUUUGGUUUAUUCACCAUAUGCUUUUGUUUUACGGAAAGCAUAUACAAUGUGGUUAUUCGUAUUAUGUAUUCAUGCAAUAAUUUUCAUUAUUUUUUGUGGUGUUCAAAAACAUUAUGCAGAAAUAGUCUAUUUUCAUAAUCAUAAUGUGUGAUGUAGAUAUUGCAAAAAUGUUUUGCUUGCUCUACCCAAGUAUGUAGUGCAGUGUUUAGGUGUGUGGGUUAUAUAUUAUCUAAAUGCAAUGCUUUUGAAAUUACUCUGCCUUGCAUUAUACCACCAUUCUAACACACUUUUGAAUUUUUAGAAAGGGUUAGAUUACUUUCUCAUGUAAAUCAUAAAACGUAAUCAUUAUUGCCAAAGGGGGCAUUGUCUAAUCAAGUGAAUUUCCUGUUGAUUACCUCAUUUUUUUAUAAUCAUCAUUAUCAAAUACAAAGAUAAUUUUUGUAUUUCAAUUUGUUUAUAGCUGAAGAUAUGUAGACAGCUCACUUUUAGAGUCUUGAAAAACUCACAAAUGCCAAGGGGAUAAUGGUUGUAGUUAGAGCUUGUAUGAUUUUUUUUUACCUUUUCUCUAGUCAAUGAAGAUGUGGUAGGAACUAUCACUCAGAAAUAUCUGUAUAAUGUUUGCGAUAUUAACAUGUUAUACAGUGCACUGUGGCAGUUUUUUUGAGGAGUUCAAAGUCAUUUGCUUUGUCAAGGAUCUUAUUUUAGUCGUCCGGAGAACUGUUGGUAUCUUGAUUUGGGUAUCAGCAGAAUGUUUAGAAAAUUUAUCAUACUGUCAGUAUGUUUCCAUGGAAAUACUGAUUUUGCUUGGCUGUUAAACAACAAUCAUAUUAACUGUUUAUGGUAGUAUAAGUAGUACAUAAUUGGGAAAUAAUUUCCAAUAGAUACAUUUUAAAGCACAGAAAUGUAAUCCAAGUGAAUUUGAUAAAGUCACUUUCUUUUUUAAACCCGUUACUGUGAAUUCAAAACUUUCUGAAUCUUGUUCAGUUAAGACACACACGUUGCCUGUUUAUAUCACUGCCCUUCUAAAUCUUUCAUAAAUGGGUGUUAAUAAUAAUCAUCAAGCUAAUCACUUUCCUUGACACAUUUAGGCAUUAAUUUGAGCAAGAUGGUGUUUUAUUAAAGCUGUUCACAAGUUAAUACCCAACUGGUUACCCUUUCCUGCUGGAUGAAAUAUUCCCUCUUUUGUUUUCUUAACAGAAUGGGGAGGUAAAUUUCAGUAACAUUAAAUGUUAGAGUUAUUCAACAACUUUAUUUAGGUGUUUGUUAAGACUUGUAAUGUACAAACACCAGACUUAAGUUAAAUGGGAACAAAAUGAUUUAGAAUCUUAAUUGACACCAAAGAAGAGGAGUCUUUUGUUAACAUUUCUGAUCUGACACUUUCCUUGAAUUUGAUUGGCUUAGAAGUACAGUUCCUAUGGUAACUGUGGAAGUGUGAAUAAAAUAGGACUCGUCGGCUAAAACGUCUGACAAUUCCUUUCAUGAAACUUUUUUUUGCACAUGUCAUGUGCAAAACUUAAGAACACCUUUAACUCCACCCAGGUGUUGUAUUAGAGCAUAGGUUGUAUGUGGCACUGUAUUCCAAUGAUGAAAUAGAGGAUUUAUAAAUGGUUUAUGAAUUGAGGUCGAAAAUGAAGAUCCUGUCUAAAUAUAGAACACGGACCUCAAUAUAGCUUAAUUCAUGUAAAUAUAUAAGUGUAUCUGUAUGUAUUCUUUUCACCUUUUGUGAAUAUUUGCUCACUGAUUUUGUGCACAUUGAGCAUAUUUUUUUCACCGUCCAUUCAUGUAUAUGCAACUUCAUGUAUUCCUUGCUAUCAUGUGUGAAAUCGUAUUCAUAUUCAGUACUCUAGUAUGUAUUGUAUAUUAUAAUAUAAAAAUGAGAUACUAUUGCACAGGAGGGAUCAUUGGUCUAUUUGAAAAAAUGUUUUUAGUAUGAGUAGUAAAUUUAAAUGGGGGUAAUUACAUUACAAGGAUAUCUCAAAGAUUGAAGUUGUGACGUAUAUUAUUUGAAACUCAUUUGAAAAUAUUAUAGAAAACAAGACAAAUAGUCAUUAAUUUCUUGGUACUUUAUUUCCAUCAUGAUCUAGUCUAUCACAUAGAAAAAGAUUACCAUUGAGUCAGUAUAUAUAGCAUGUAAAAAUACAUUCAGAAAAAACAAGAUUUAUGUCUGAUCAUGCACAUGAAUUGUAUUUUUCUAUCAUAUACAAUAAUGAAAUUGGCAAACAAGAGCUUUUUCACUUGCAAGGGAGUUUAUAUGUACAAGUUCAAAUGACACAGAAACAAAUGUUAUUAAAACUAGGGGGUGUGUUUGACAAAGUAUGACUAAGGGUCAUGCUUAUGCCUAUCAAACAUGUAAUCUGAUUGGUGGAUCCAUGUUGGUAUGCAUCCUUUGUGCAUGAUCUGACCAAUGAAGUGAUGCGUUAUAUACCGCAGGCAACUGAACUUUAUAUUUGACUCCAAGUCCCACUUAAAUAUUUGUGAAACUCCCCCCUGGUCUAUUUCAUGAAAUAUCACUUUAAAAUGACAGUCACUUAUGCUGCAAUCGCUGUCACACGAUGAAUAGAUUUAAAAAUUCAUUUUGUAGCUGUAGAAUGAAAUGCUUUAAACUGUCUCGUCCUGAUAAAUAAUUAUACUGCAAAUUCCUAUUGUCAUGCCUUGAUGUUGAAUCACCUUGAAUUAUCAAAUAUUUAUCGAAUUAAUUGAAAUCAUGUUGUAUUAAAUAAAGUU